UUUUUAUAAUAAUAAAUAUAUAUAUCAAAAAAUUUAAAAAAAAAAAAAAAAACUUUGAGGAUAAAAAACAUGCUUAGUUUGUUGUCAUUUAGAAAUGUGCUUGUUGCACUAUUAUUUCUAAAAACCGAAUAUUUAAAAAUCACUGAAGCAACACAAUUACCAUCAACAUCAUCAACAACAGCAUGUAUAGAAAACAAUAAAUUUUACAGAAAUCCAGAUAGAAUAGAAACAAGUAUUUGGACAUUAAAUGAAUGUGCCAAAUAUUAUCUUUGCUUAGACAAUGAAGUAUUUGAAUUUAAAUGUUCUGAUGGAUUACUAUUCGAUGUAACACGACAAAUAUGUGAUUUUAAAUCAAACGUUGAUAAUUGUGAUGUGACAUCAGAACCACAAUCACCAAAGCCACUUCUUGAUGAUGGUAAUUGUAAAAAUGGUAGUCUAUCAUGUGCUGAUAAUACAUGUUUACCAGAUAUUUAUUUUUGUGAUGGAAGUAUUGAUUGUCCUGAUGGUUCUGAUGAAGGCUGGUGUGAUGAAAAAAAUGAUAAAAAUGCAGCAAAUAAUUGUGAUCCAUUGAAGUGUAAUCCACCAGAAUGUUGGUGUUCAUAUGAUGGAACAGAAGUACCAGGAAAUAUUAAUAUAACAGAUAUACCACAAAUGAUUGUUAUAACAUUUGAUGAUGCUAUUAAUUCAGAAAAUUAUGAUUUAUAUUCAAAACUUUUUAGUAAUGAAAGAAAAAAUCCAAACGGAUGUCCAGUUAGAGCAACUUUCUAUGUUAGUCAUCAUUAUACUGAUUAUCGUGAUGUACAAAAAUUAUGGAAUAUUGGACAUGAAAUUGCUGCUCAUUCAAUAACACAUCGUGGACCAGAAGAAUGGUGGUCUAAAAAUGCAACACUUGAAGAUUGGUUUGAUGAAAUGAUUGGUGUAUCAAAUAUAAUUCAUAAAUUUAGUGCUGUUAGAUUAAAUGAAAUACGUGGUUUACGUGCACCAUUUUUACAAGUUGGAUGGAAUCGUCAAUUUUUGAUGAUGAAAGAAUUUGGUUUUAUAUAUGAUUCAUCAAUAAUAGCACCAUUAUCUGAUCCACCAAUAUGGCCAUAUUCAUUUGAUUAUCGUAUACCACAUUCUUGUGAUGAACAAGGUCAAAAUUGUCCAACAAGAUCUUAUCCAGGUGUUUGGGAAUUACCAAUUAAUCAACUUGUUGUUGGUGAGUAUGCAUGUGCUGUUGUUGAAGAGUGUCCAACAGAUAUGAGCGUUGAACAAGUAUAUGAAAUGUUUAUGUUAAAUUUUGAAAGACAUUAUUUGACAAAUCGUGCACCAUUUGGAUUACAUUUUAACUCUAUGUGGUUUAGAAAACCAAUGAAUAUUUUUGCAUUUAAUACUUUUAUGGAUUAUUUACUUAGUUUACCAGAUGUUUAUUUUGUAACGAGUAAUCAAGUUAUUGAAUGGAUGAAAAAACCAACAUCUGUUGAUGAUUUAUCAUCAUUUAAACCUUGGCAAUGUAGUAGAAAAAAAUUUACAACAAGUGAAAUUGCAUGUGAUAUACCAAAUAGCUGUAAAUUACCAAGUCAAGUAUUAAAAUCACAAAAAUAUUUAAAUACUUGUUUUAAAUGUCCAAAACAAUAUCCAUGGCUUAGAAAUGAAAUUGGUGCUGAUUAAAUAUUAAAUUAAAUUUUUUUUUUAUCAAUAAAAUUAAAG